UGAUUGAACUAUUAAUAAUAUAAUUUGAAUUUUGUAAAACCGUGCAAUGGAGGCAAAGAUUUUCAUGGCUAGAGUAGCAGACCAGGCUGAGAGAUACGUCGAUAUGGUCGACUUCCUUGAGCAAAUCGUUGAUGAUAGUGAGGGCGAUGUCAACACUGACGUUAGAAACCUUCUUAGUGUUGGAUUUAAGAAUUUAAUCUCUGGACAAAGAUCAGCAUGGAAGACAGUUCAAGCUAUUGAGCAGAACAAGAAGUAUGCUGACUACCAAUCUGACUGUGAGAGCUACAGAGGAAAGAUCGGAGAGGAGCUAGCUUCUAACUGUGAGAAAGUUAUCAAUAUUGUGAAGGACAAAUGCCUUCAAAAGGCUCAAGAAGACGAAGCCAAGGUAUUCUAUUUGAAAAUGAUCGGUGAUUACUACAGAUAUACUGCUGAAUCCGCAACUGGAGACCAACUUGCUGCAGUAACUGAAAAUGCUCUCAAAUACUACGAUGAGGCAACUAAGGCAGGAGACAAUUUGAAGCCAUAUAACUCAACCAAAUUGGGUUUGGCUCUCAACUUCUCAGUCUUCUAUUAUGAAUUGAAGAAUGACUCCUCCAAGGCAUGCUCAAUUGCUGAAGAAUCCUUGAAUGGAGCCAAGGAGAAGAUCGAUGAAAUGGACAACGAAGAGGCAAGAGAUGCCCUUUCCAUCAUCGAGCUCCUUAAGGAGAACCUCGACCUCUGGAAGGAAGAGGAAGCCAAUGGCGAUGACGACGAAUAAGUCAUGUAAUCUUUCAUCAGCUUAACAAGCUUAC